AUGAGCAGAAGCAGGUCACAUUACAACAGAAUACAGGAGCGCGGGGGGGAAAAGAGACCUUCAAUUGUUUCUUCAUAUUCAGCAUAAUCCACAGACUCACUCAUGGAGAGCAACACAUCUUUUCCUUUUCCUGAGUUUCCUGCCAAUCACAGUCACACCAAUGUCACCUGUUCCCGGGACAACGUCUUGAAGACUGUGCUUUUUCCCGUUCUCUACUCCGUGCUGUUCUUGGUCGGGCUGUCACUCAAUGCCGUGGCAGUGUGGGUGUUCUUUCGCAUCCCGUCGCGAUCUCACUUCAUUAUAUACCUGAAGAAUAUCGUGGUUGCAGAUGUCGUCAUGACCUUCACGUUCCCCUUCAAGGUGCUGUCAGACUCCAACAUGGCUUCCACUGGUCUGCGUGUAUUUGUAUGUCGAGCUUCCUCUGUGCUCUUUUACCUCACCAUGUACAUCAGCAUCCUCUUCUUCGGACUCAUCAGCAUCGACCGUUGCAGAAAAACCCUCAGGCCUUUUAGAGGGACCAAUGCGGCCCGACUGGCCCGUCGUAAGCUCCUGUCCGGGUCCAUCUGGACCUUCCUGCUCGUCCUCAGUCUACCCAACGUGAUCCUGACGUGUAAGACCCCCACGUCUAAAUAUUUCAAAUGCAGUGACCUGAAGACCCCGGGGGGGCUGUUUUGGCACGAGGUGGUAAAUCACGUGUGUCAAGUGAUUUUCUGGGGCAACCUGGUGACUGUGAUAGUGUGCUACACUCUCAUCACCAAAGAGCUGUACAGAUCUUACUCCCGUACUAAGACUCACAGUGCUGGAGAGACGAUGGGUCGCAUGCCCCAGCAGCCCACUAAGAAAAUGAACGCAAAUGUCUUCCUGGUCCUGGCUGUAUUCUUUGUGUGCUUUGUGCCAUUUCACUUUGCCCGUGUGCCGUACACGAUGAGCCAGACCCGGGGCGUCCUCUUCAACUGCCAGCUCAAGCUCUUCUUCUUCCAGCUGAAAGAGAGCACACUGUUCCUGUCGUCCCUAAACGCCCUCCUCGACCCACUCAUUUACUUCUUCCUCUGCAAGUCCUUCAGAACCACUCUGUUCAAGACCCUGCGGCUCCCUGCUGCCACCUGUGGCUGUUUAACAGGGAGAGGAUCAGACACAGAUACAGGAAGCACUCCUUUAAGAGACUCCUCUGUUUGUUCAUAAAAGCCCUGGACACUGCACAAACACUUAAGACUGUUGCAGUGUAUGGUGUCCUGACUCCAUUCCAUCACAGAACAUACAUUAAAACAUUCCUUCAGUAAUUACUACACUGUAACGCACAGUAAUCGCAAGGUUUUUGUGUGCAGAACAAAAAGAAAAAGGCAUUCAUUUCUAAAUAUUCAUUUAAAAGCAGAAACUAAGUUUCAUACACUGUUCCUCUUUUUUACUGUGUAUGUGUAUUUUUUUGCUGUUAGGGGUCAAAACAGC